GGGAUUUUUCAUAAUUUGAUGAUCCUUAUGUAUGUAGAUGGUCACUUUCCUGAAAUGCUUUCGCCUUUCCCUUUGCUCAUUUUUCUGCACAAGUUAUUGUCCCAGCCAGCUCCUAUUAGGUGUUUAGGCCCAAGGAACUGAACAAAGGGAGACUAGCAACUAGAUCUUUGACUAGAUUAGAGUUUGGGACCCAAGCCUUAUCUUUGAAUCCAUAGAAAUCUUUGAGUACUCUGAUGUGGCCUAAUGACCCUAUCCAUUCAGAAGGAACUGAAAUAUCUGUGGUUGCUGAAUACAAACCAUAAGCAUGUCAUUUUUAUACCCAACUCAACCCCUUCCUACCCCAGAAAUUGGAACAAACAGAUUUCUUUACAAUGGCGUCCUUGUCUUCUUCACCUCUGACUAUGCUUUCUGCAGAAACACUGAUGCAACCAACAUUAGUUGGUAGCCCCUUAGUAGGGUCAAGAGCUCAGUUAUGGAAGAGGACUGAGAAGAAGAAGAAGCGAGCAUUGACAGUAGUUGCAGUGGCUGGAGAUGUAUCAGCUGAUAGCACACCAUACUUGAUUGGCGGUGCUGCUCUUGUAGCUCUGGUUGGUACUGCCUUCCCAAUCCUCUUCUCCCGCAAGGACAUAUGUCCUGAAUGCGAUGGGGCAGGGUUCGUUCGGAAGUCGGGGGUGACCUUGAGAGCCAAUGCAGCAAGGAAAGACGAGGCUCAGAUUGUGUGUGCCAAUUGCCAAGGCCUUGGCAAGCUCAACCAAGUUGACAAAUCUUAGAGAGUUAGACCUCUCUUCCCCUUGUAAUUUUCUUGAACAUUUCUACUUCCUUACUCAUCUAUAAGUGCAAUAUUUACUUGAUCGAAUUGAUUUCUAUGCAUAAGGAUUUGCCAUGUUUCACUCUGAUAUAUAAAAAGAUCAGUACUUUUAUUCA